UUGUUGAUGAAAACCAGUUUAUCCAUCUGCUUCUUACCUCUCUACAGACUGUUUCUGGCUGUUGCACUGCUUGCCUGGCAAUCCCACUAUGACAACAAGAAAGUCACAGCCAUUAUUUGCCAACUGAUAGUUACACCACGUUUGUGUACAGAGUAAACAUGCACUGUGUUAACUGAGCUUUACAGGUGUCGGUAGGCAAAUUCUGAACUUUGGACAGAGUCAGACCAGCUGCUUCCAGCUCAGUCCGCCAGUCUUUCUGCUAAGCUAAGCUAACUAGCUCAUGCAGACAUUAAACAGCUUACUGAGACACUUAAAGUGGGUUUUUCUUUUAAUUUAUCACUCGUCUGUUUCUGUUAGGCCUGAAACAACCCCAGCUGUCUGAUAACAGCUGCAUGAUAAGCAACUAGUUGCAACAUAUUUCAUCAGUUGCAGUUACAUCAUGAUGGUACAUGAAUAUACUAAUUCAGCCUACAUUGGUUAUCUUUGCAGGCAAUAUAGAAACCUUUGUUGGACGGUUUGAUGGAGAGCUGGUCGAAUGUCAGCGGGAACUAUUGUUAUAACCGGAGGAAUUCUCGCCGGAGUGAUACUGCUGUGCAUUGUAGCAGUGCUCUGUUACUGUAGACUCCAGUAUUACUGCUGUAAGAAGAAUGAUUCUGAGGUGGACAUGGGCUCCGUGGUGGGAGCAGACCCUCUCUCUCACUUUCCCUGCAAUGCUUGCAACGCCCUCGCCAUGGACGGUGCCGCCAUCACCCCCGUCUCUCUGGAUCAGCUGGAUGCAGGCUCUCAUCACAACCUCUGCCCCUCUUGCUCACCAUACUCCCUCCGCUCUGGACUCGCAGGCGACAUGCGUAACGGAGGGGAGCGGCUGGGCUUCCAUACCUACUAUGAGAACCCAUCUGUCUCUCUUCCCCUGUCUGUCAACCCACAGGGCUCCUCUCCUCUGAGUUACUACAGUCCCACGGACAUGUUUCCUCCCCCGCCGCGCCCCUACAGCACCCAGGUUUGACCUCUGCUGCACCGUGAGGACUUGCACACAUUUAGAAAACUCUUACUUACACACAUCUGACGUUCACAUGUUCUUGUUUGGGACCAAAUUAUUUUUUUCAAUAUCUUCCUGCAGGUGAUGGAUUAUGAUACAGCACAAUUACACACACAUGCCCACAUAACUGCACAUGCCCACAUUCAUCUCGGGGGAGCCAGCCCACUGAUAGAGCCUACAUGUGGGCAACAAAUCCACGGGCCAGCCGCCACCCUCGGAGAGCUGAAGACAGGAGCAUGAAACAGUGUUAGAUCAGCAGGGAAAUGGCAUGUAACUCUAGUAAAACCUCAGUGUGUGUCACACAGGGCCAGUUAAUGUGGUCCUCUCUGAAUGAAUCACAAGUGA